UACAAUUUCACGCUUUCUAUAAUCAAUAUCACAAUCUUCUCUUUCUCUCUUCUCCCCUGGUCCCCUCCCCUCCCCUCCCUUCAGACCAUCUCCGUCUCCCAUCCCUGUCCUCGGCGGCGUGGCUGCACCAACCUCGACGGCGCGACUGUUCCAAAUCGGCGGACCUAGUCGACUCACUGCCCAGUCGACUCUAACUCCGGUUCUCCCUCUCCUCUCCUGUCGUGUUCUUGCCAUCAGCCAUACGGUGAUAGAACACAAAGAGAGCUGUUAAAGGGAACAGUGGAACACUGCACAAGAGCUGUUCAACCAUGUGCCUUUAAGAAAACUGUUGGCUUUUUUUCCUUUCCUGGUCAACUAGGAAGCUACAGCGAACACCAUGACAAAGAAAAAGUUCAGUCCUCCUAACAUUGUUAAGUCAAACAGCGCAUUAACUCUGGCUGAACAAUGGGUUAGUAAAAUGACUAAAGCUGUAGAUGAUGAACAAACUGAAGUAGAGGGACGACCUUCUAGGCUUGGCUUGGGUGCCAAAUUUUCACGACAAUUCAAUGUUGGACCAUUAUCUGAUCCCAUCGAACGAAAACUCUUUGCCAAAUUGGAUACUCGAACUAAACGCACCGAGGAGUCUAACUUAGCUACUAAAGAUGAGCCUAAUGAUGACUCUGACGAUAGUGAAGAUAUAGAAAGCAGAACCCAAGUAUUUAACAAGAAAAGAGCAGCAAACCCAGUGACGCCGCCAUCUGUACAGACAAAGAAAAAGAAGAAGUGACUCAACAUCAAAUUUUGUGCGCUGUCUUUUCAAAAAAUAUGCCAACUUUCUUAUAUGUGCAAGUUAGUGGGUUUAGUUCACGAGGCAAAUGAGUUGUAUUCCACACGAGUUAUAAUUUAUUUAUUAUUGUUCUCCUUAUCAAGGGGAUGGAUAGGUUCUUGUUCUUGAUGUUUAAGUAUGUAGGGAUUUUGGAAAGUAACUCAAGGCAGUGUCAUCCUUGUGGACUUUUUUUGAUGUAAAAAUCGAGGGAGUAGUUGAUGGCAGAGGUCACGGGAAUAGUAGUCUUUGCAGAGCAUUAUGAACACUGUAACAGAGAUCAAUAUCCCUAUAUACAAAUAUGCCGCAAAUUUUUAUCC